AUGAAUAAGACCUGGGAGCGCUUCCCUGGAAUUCACGUGUGCAGAUGUGGAGAGAAGCCGCUCACAGCUGCUGACGUUUGUCACGCUGAGGCCAUUCUGUGCCUGGCGGCGGCGGCUCACACCCGCAGGCCGGGCGCUCCGUGCGCCCUCCCCAGGGCCUGCCCGGCCUCUGCCUUCAUCUCGGGCUCUGCAGGGACGCCACGGGCUCUCACUGCACUGCCCGGCCACCGCAGCUCCCAGCACAGAUAUCAGCAAAGCAUUGGUGCCUCUCACCCCGUGCAGGGCAGGCGGGCACCAGCGGGGCACAACAUUCUGUUUUGGUGCGGGCAAAGCCAUCACCGCUCCCGCGAUGAGAACUGCCCAGGAGAGGAGGGGACGCGGCUGGGAAGGCGCACAUCGCGGCUCCUCCGCACUGCGGGAGCCCCACAGCUGCCCGACCCACUUCGGGGCUGCGGGAGAGGGGGCCGCCCACGGGCUGAAAGGAGCCGCAGCCGUCCCGGGAGGGAGGAAAAGCAGCGCGUGGAUCAGCGGCGCCUCCGCGCCGUUCUCAGCGCGCUCAGACACCCCCUGCGGGCACAGCUCCGGCGGCGCUCCAUCCCUGCGGGGCUCCGCCCGCUGCCCCGCGCUGCACGCCCGGAACGGGCGCUCGGCCGCGUUGUGUUCCGCUCCUUCGCGUGGCGGAGGGCGCCCCGCGGCGCGCUGAAGGCCCCUCUGUGCGCCGCAGCGGCGGCGGUGCCGCGUUCCGCUCCCGCUCCCGUCAACCGCGGCGCGCUCAGCGGGAAUGGAAGCGGAGCUCCGCAGCGCCACCGCGCGGACGGCGGGAGGAGCGCCGCGGAGCUGCGGGGAAGGACGCAAAGCGGGGAGGGGGGGGCGCGGCUCCGCCCCGCCGUCCGGAGCCGCUCUGCGCGGUCACGUGACGCGGGAGCUCCGCGCGCUCCUCGCCGGGGGGCGCCGCGCGGCAGCGGCGUUGGCGGUGGGGGGUGAAGGGCGCCCGCGCGCUGCUCCGCACGUGGAGGCGGCCGCACGUAACGCGCGACGCCGUCGCGGCUCCCGGCUGUGGGGAGGGCGCCCCCCCGCGGUCAGAGGCCGUCCCGCAGCCGUGCCCGGCCGUGCAGCGACCCGCCGGCCGUGCGGAGCGGAGCCGCGUGACCGACGGAUGGCCUUAACAGACACGCGUGUGUUUGUCUGCCAUCCUGCGAGCUCUGCGCUGCCCGCCGGGCUCGGAAGUCUUUAGAUUCAUUUCCCGUUUCGGUGCCGUGCCCGGCCCUGCGCGUGGUGCCGCUCGCAGCCGCCCUUCCAGCGACCCACACUCACGGCACAGCCUGGGCGCUCUGUCGGCAGCCCUCACGGACCCGAAGGGCCGCACCCGUGCGGGUCCUGAGCUGAUCUGCUGCAGCCGGGCCCCGCGCACCGCCGCGCCGUCCGUUUAUCAUCGCGCUGCUGCUUUUCUGCCGGCUCACGGCGGACAGAGGACAGGACUGACGUCGGGAAGGGGCUGCGCGGCCGGCCGUGUGCAUCCCGCUUUGUGCGGGGAGCUGCGGCCCGGAGGACGGCAAAUCGAAGCGUUUUGUGUGAGGGCGACGGGGAACUUCCCUCGAUAGCGCAUCUGAUGGCACUGCGUGUUCAGCGCGGGGGCUGCGGGGACGUCCCUGCCAGGUGGAGCCCAGCUGCCCCCACGGAGCAGCACUCCUCCUUUCUGCUCGUCUCACUGCUGCUGAAAGCCGCAAAGAAAGGACUUCGGUGCAGACGGAAGAAAGAGGCAUCAUCAGAGCCGGCCCACGUGGAGCCGGGGGGGUUCGUUCUGCAGUGGGUGCGUUUGAAGUUGACGUGGAGGCGGCAAAAUCUUCUGCAGGUUACAUUUCAGCACGAAUCCAGGCCCUGUCAAAAGUGCUCCCAGUCCGUCUAAAUGAAACCGAGCUUGACUGCCCGCAGAGCGCUUCGGUGUGACUGAACUGCUGCCGGCUUUCCUGAGCCCCCUCCUCUGUUUCGGAAGAACAGCGUUCCGGCUUUUCUCCCCGGACCCCCCGGGCUGCGCUGGGAGCUGCGCGGUGCCGCCCGUGCCGCAGCACUUCCCAGCCUUUCCCACACGGUGUCAGCAUCUCUCAAAGAAACGGCUGUUGUUGUCCGGUCUGCUCGUGGUUCGGGCCGUGUGCCGCGACCGACAAACCUCACACGGCUGCAGAAGGAAACGCUUUGUGAGGAAAGGCUCCUUUUGUGCCCUGCGUGCUUUGUCCGGACGGGCUGCGACCCCACGGGAGAAAGUCAGAGCCUCCCCGUGGAGACACGAGUUGUGUGGUGCACGGAGCCGUCUGCUCCUGGCCGUGCUGGUGUGGACCGUGGCAGCUCAGGAGGUCUCUGGGGCGAGCAGAGGCCAGAAGCCCCCACCAUGGGGCAGCUUUCCUGCAGCACUGAUGCCCCACAGUGCGUUGUCUCUGUGCUCCGGUAGGCAGGAGCUGUGCUGCUGCAGUUGGGCCAUGCACAUCCAAUGGCUGCAGCCCACACUGUGCCCCAGACACGGCACCCAGCUGAGGACGCACGGUCUGAUGGCAUCUCACGUCGCUUCUGAUGGCUGGGAGACCUUCUCUGCUGUUUGUUACUGGCAGCACGCUCCAAAGCAGCCUCCGGUGGUACACCUUGCAGCACUGCUUGGCCAUUGGCUGCUCAACUGCAGAGCAGUGCUGAUACAAAGCCGGGGUGAUAACAAACAGCUCCUGGCCAGUCCAGAAGGACGUGAGAUGAGCUGCGUUACACACCGGAUCCGCCCCGCGAGGAAACACACGAGGAAAAAGCAAAGGGAUAAUCCUUUCUGCGAGCAGAGUCCUCACGUUGCUGGAAGCAGCUGAGCCGUGCAGGGCCGUCCCUGCCACGCACAGGUAAUAAAUAUUUGGUUCAGCUCUUGCUCGGAGGUAACUCAGGAGCUGAGUUCUGUGGGUCUCAGUGGGAGCAGCUCUGAUGUUGGGCUGCUUUUGAGAAAGUCUCGAGAGGACUCCAAGGGUUUGAACGUCUGAACACCUUCCAGCAGUUACCUUUGGGGUCUGCUUUGUGCCACGCAGCCGUUGGGUCAGCUGUGUAGGUCAGAAGGCUUUGGGAUGGCAAAGGCUCCCAAUUACAGCAAUGCGGGGAAAAGAAAACAAAGAGCUUUUUUUUUAUUAUUAUUAUUCUUUUUGUGGUGAGAUAAAGACAUAUUUUUGAGAACUGCCAACUGUAGAAGAGAAGCUUCGCCUUCUUGAUUUUAUCUGCAAAGCAAACCCAGCAGCAAAGUGCGGCGCAGCAGCUAUGGCAGAGGUCACACAGCGUGAGUCAGCCCCAGCAAAGCCCACUUUUUCUUGAAGGGAAAAACAAAGUGCAGCAAACAACUCCCUCGCCAUGAUGUCAUGUUUUGGAUUGGUCGCCCCGUUUCCUUGUGGGUCCCCCGUGUGUGGGGGGAGGGAACAGCACCCGCCUGCUCCCAGCACCCACACCCCGUGAGCACCCACACUCCAGUGCACACUGCAGUCUGCUCUGCAUCCAACCCAUGGGAGAAGCACUGCAGCUGCAUGGCAGAGCCGCAGGGCUCUGUGAGCCUGAGCCCGCUUCCCAACCAAGGCACACAAAACACAGAGGGAGGAGAAGGCGGGCAGUGAACGCCCGUGAGCUCAACAGCAGCAGUACAGUGCUUUAUCUGUUCCGUGCUCCUCGUGGGAGGGUUUCGUGUCUGGCUGAGGGCUGUGGUGGGUGUGUUGUUUCCCCAGGAGCCCCAAUUAGCCGCUGUGUGUCUGAGCCCUUGGCAGGCAGUUGGUGGGAGGGGUCGGGCAGACAUGAGGCUGCUGGGCGCUGAGCCCGGCUGCACCCUGAGGAGUGUGGGGCGAGAAGGGGCUCUUGAGGGAGUGUAGCGAAGGAGAGGGGUUUGUUGGCAGGUCGGUGCUGCGCCUCCCGGCACUCCACAUCCCCCCACUCCCUUCGCAGCUCCCUCUGCUUUUCACUGCUUCCCUUCCUGCCCUGCGAGCCGGACAGGGGCAGCGCUCCAUCAGGGCCCCAUUGGGUCCCUCUCCCUUCCCCAAUGCUCACACCUCGUGCAGACACGUCCUGCCCCACGGCUCAGAGCCUCAGACUCCCCACGCCGGGCAUUCGUUCAGGUUUCUGUGUGCUUGGAAAAGGUGAUUUUACCCUUGAAGAUGACACCUACUCACUCAGGUACGCACCCGUAGCCGCAACACACCCUGUCUGUGCCAGUAAUUACUGUUAUUUACAUGUACCUCGAGAAUAUGUACGAGAUGGAAAACACAAACAGUCUCAAACAGGAGAGCUGCAGCGCGCAGAGAAGCUGCUGCACAACGAACUCAUUGCCCACGCUCUGCUGUCCCACCCGAACCCCUUCAUGGGCACAUGAAUUGGAGUGACAACAACUCGCCCGUUUGGAGAGACUGGAAUUCUGAACUUAAAACCACUGUAAUUUGUAGCAGUUUCACAAAGAACUGCAGCUGGACAUCUGCGGAGCACGAGCACAGCCGAUGGGCGCAUGGAGCCGUGUGUGGUCAGAAGGAACGCACAGCAGUUAAUGAGCAGUAAGAAUUGGAUUCAGGUAUUAAGGAUUAGGAGUGUAAUUACAUUGUACUCUCCGUAUCAUAGCCUUGUAAAUACAUACACCUCACAGCCCUGCAGGGUGGAAGUUCCACUUCAUUUGGAGUGAUACGAAUGUGGCUGCUGAUACUGGGAAGGAGGCAGUUAUGUCACGAGGUCAUUACUGCAGGCAUUAUUUCCUCCCCAGAUCCCCCCAUUCAGCGGCUCUUGAAGCCAAGAGCUCUCACCAGAGUUCUGAACAGCAGCCCGGAGCGGCUCCCAGUCUUUGGUUUUUGAGGUGCUCCUACAGCACAGCUUUCAGUACUGAAUGUAUUUCAGCAAUGGAUUCCAUGUUUCCAUUUUCCCCCGGGCUGAACUCAGACAAAAGCCCCGCAAGAAGUACAGCAGUGCCUUCAGACAAGAACCAGACUACUAUCAGCUUAAAAAACCAAGAACGUUGGAUUUUAUUCUUUUUAGACCAUUAGGAAAAAAACAAAGAUGUAAAAAACACGACCAUCUCUCACACCCACUAUGCCAUCAAAACUUACUAUUACCGAAGCGUGCACACCGUGUGCUCUCCUGUAGCUGGAAACACAAAUGGUUCCUAUUUGGGGCAGCUCUCUGCAGAGAGGGCUUCUGCUUACACAGGACAAAAUGGGGCAUUUUCAGUAGUAGUUUUUAUAGGGGUUUUUUUGGAGGUUUUGGGAGGGCUCGGCGAGGAGCACUGCUGCUUAUCACUGUGCUGUGUUCAGGACUGCAGUGACACAAUGAAGUGCUCUCCUGCUGUGUACUUUGCCAGACCUUUGGCUGAGGUCCUAU